AUGUUCUCUUCCAGUAAGAAUCCACACCUUCUUCCGCAGAUUGUACCUUCUUCUCACCCCUUUACCUCUUUUCUCUGCUUAAACAACAGUGAAAUUUUGCUUCGCCACCACCACGAUCUGCUUUCUGGCAAUUAUAAUUUAGCAGACAAUGCUCCGGUUCUUCAGGGCGCCAUUGACUUGCCAGUUCUAAGCGAGACUGCAUUAGGUUAUCAAGAUUUUCACAGGCUAAAUAUAGAUCUUGGGACUACUGUAAAUGCGUUCCCAAGAAGAAAAAGGACGGUGAAAAAUAAAAGGCACAGCAAAAUCUUUACAGCUACAGGUCCGAGGGAUCGAAGAGUGCGGCUUUCCAUAAGUAUUGCACGCAAGUUCUUUGAUCUUCAAGACAUGCUAGGUUUCGACAAACCAAGCAAAACCCUUGAUUGGCUGAUUACAAAAUCAAAAACAGAAAUCAAGGAGCUGAUUCGCACGAAACAAAGUACCGACAAUAUCCAUUCUUCCCCUUCUGAAUGUGGGAAUAAUAAAGCUGAUGAAAACGAGGAAUCCUUGGGGACAAAUUUAAAGAAAAAAUCUUUGAUUAAUGCUACCAACAGUAAAGAAGCAAAGGAUCCACAACAAGCUGCAGCAUUACUUAUUGCAAGAGAUUCAAGGGCGAGGGCAAGAGCAAGAGCAAGGGAAAGAACAAGAGAGAAACUGUGCUGCAAAAGGUUCCUCAAUGUUCAAGCCAAGCAGGUUUCUGAUAUCAGCCCCUCCAUUCCAAGCCAGUCAGGGCCUUCUUCUUCAGUUAUAGGUUUCCAGCAAAACCUUGUAGUUUCAAGUGAUUUGACUCCAAAAUGCAAUUCAUCUUCUCUCAAUUGUGAAACUGAGAACUGGGAUAUUAGCAGCAUAAUCAGGCAAUCUGGCUUGUGUACCAUAUUCGACCAGCAUAAUAUUAUUAAAAGCCACCCUUGGCAGGUCCGUGACUAA